UGAGCAAUGUCGUGGAGCAUUCAAGCUGCUGCAAACAAUGCUGGGGAUGUGCGUGCUGCUCGCUGGGCUGGGACUGUGCAGCCGGCUGGGUGCGCUGGCGGCGAUGAUCGAGUGCGGCGGGUGCAGCGAGGAGGAGGUGUCGGCCUGCCACCCCCCCAGGGGCUGCGAGCUGGUGAGAGAGUCCGGCUGCGGCUGCUGCCUGACAUGCGCGCUGGCGGAGGGAGCGGCGUGCGGGGUGUACACCGAGCGAUGCGCCUCUGGCCUCAGGUGCGUGCCCCGCGGCGGGCAGCCCGCACCCUUGCAGGCGUUGCUGCAAGGCCGGGGCGUGUGUCGCCGCUCUGUCAAGCGCCGCAACCAGCUCCAGCACACGGGAAGGCCCCUGGAUGCCAAUGAAAAAUAUUCUUUCGGAAAGAGACGACAAGGUGGCAAAACCCAUGAAAAUCCUGGCCACCGCUUGAAACUGAAACCUCAUGAAGGAAACCGCCAAUCGGCAAUGGGAACUGUGCACACCAUGACGACCCCAUCAAAAUCUACACCAGUCACCACACUUGCACCAGACUCUGAAUACGGCCCAUGCCGAAGGGAAAUGGAGUUGAUUCUGCAGGAUCUUCAGCCAGAGUUUUUACGCAGCCCAGAAGACAUCUACAUCCCGAACUGCGAUAAGAGAGGUUACUACCGGAGCAAACAGUGUAAAUCAUCAAAAGGCAGAAGGCGUGGUCACUGCUGGUGUGUGGAUAAAUAUGGUCACUCGCUUCCUGGGCUCCCGGGCAGGAAGAGGUCUGUGUCUUGUUCACAGAUCGCAUCUUCCGAAGAGUUUGGAUACUAGCCAGUGCCGGACCGCACUGCCUGAACUUUCUGAAGAGAAAAUUAAAUUACAAACGGGAUCUCUCCAACCAAUCUUGCUCGAUAUCUGUAGGCCAACUCCAGAAAGGGUUUGCAGUCUCUCUUGGGAUCGCAUCUGACAGAAGUAGCUUAGUAUAAAGGUUAGAAAAUAUGCAACAGCUGCUCUGAAAGUCUUCCGAAAUCUGACUUUAAUUCUAAUUCCUGGUUAUUCCAAAUAUGGGGCCAAUUUCUUUGCCAAGUCCCUGCCGCUAACAUCAUCCACCAGUGUGGCUUCCCUGUCCUGUCGUUUGAUCAUUUCCUUUUCCUCGGCACCAACCUUAAGCAGGAGCUACAAGGAAGUCUGCCUGGUGACGAUGUUUUUGGUAGAACACUCGAGUUAGAUCUGAAAUUGUCAUUUCAUAGGCUGAGUCAGUACAGCCAGAAUACAGUGGAGAGCAUCUCCUGCUAACUCGGUGGGGAAAAGGGGCAGCUGAAUUAGCACUGAGCCACACAGACCAGAUGGAUUCAAGGUUCAUUAUCUGGUCGGUGCUGUGUGGGUUCCCAUCCAUUCACUCGUGCCGGACAAAGUUCACGUGACUGGUUGCCCAGUUCAACUGUGAUGUCGCAAAGUAUGUUGACUUGCUCCAUUCUGCCUCUUGCAAGCAGCAGUGAGAUGUCUGAAUAUCUUCAGGAGAGGAGAAAAUGGUUUAAUGGGUGAUCAUAUAUCACUGAUCCAGUAAUCCAAGAGGCCUAAACUAAUUGAACACAGCACUGAGGAAUCUGGGCAGAUGUCCCCAUCUAUCCCCAUGGUUUGAAUGAAACUUCUGGAGUAAGAUAGUAUGAAACUUUCUUUGUUUAUGUAAUUUUUUUUUAAGAAGUUCAGGGUGAAGAGAAGGGAGCGUCUCCUUGCAGAAUGACCUUCAAUUUAUUUUAAUUUUUUUAAAUUUUACAUAUUGGUCAUGGAGUCGUACAGUAUAGAAACUGUAUGUCUCCCUUCAGCCUAACUUGUCCUUACUGACCAAGAUGUCCAGAAGAAUUAGCACUGACUGUAUUUAGAAAUGCCUAUCUUUGAGUCAGACAUUGGUUUGGCUUGAUUUUCAAGGAAUAAAAGUCCCCCUCCUGCUUUUCCUCUUUAAGUUUAAUAUUUUGAAAUUAUUUAAUUUAAUAUUCUGUUUAAAAUCUCCUUGCUAACAGGUUCAGGAUACUUCUUGAGAAUGCACUUCCAUUGAUAUGUUUCUGUGCUUCCAGUUCAGUGUGAGCACACAGUUCAUGCAAUUUUAUAUCACUUUAUAGAACUUGAUAAACACUAUGUAUUUUUUUUUACUGGGAAUGUAAUGCGCCUAAAUAUUUAAGUCCACAAACAGAAGUAAUGAAGUAGUAUUUUGAAAUGUAAUGUCUAAUAUCAAUAAAUGCUUUGUGAUAAAUUGGUGUUGCACUGAAAAUUGGGAAUUGCUCUUCUGUAUUAUUUAAUAAAAUCCUUUGAAUGAUUUGAUCAGCA